AAGAUCUAAUGAGCGCCUACAGACACUGACGCACAGAUACAUUAUUUAUUUGUUUCUUAGAGUUUACUGCAUUAAAAUAUUCGGUUUCUGGCGACCUUCAACGUAUGAUAAUUUUCUUUUUGAGAUAAUGAUUAAAAUGUACCUGGUUUUGUUGAUGUGUUUGAUCUAUUCAGUGGCGGCCCAAGUUCCACCUUAUACAGAAACAUGUGUGCAAGGAGCAUACCCACCUAAAGCACAUCUUAAAGUUCCAGAGUAUGUAAUAAAUCUAGACCUACCACCCUCACAAAGAUGGAAUCAGCUGGCUUCAGAUAAGAAAAAUGAGAUCAGAACCAUUUUAGAUGCCUUCAAAACUUUUAUUGGUGAAUUUGGGAUUAUUGCAAAAGAAGUGAUUUAUUUUAUAGAUUUACUUGGACCAUUAGUUGUUGAUGCAUUGCCACAACCAUUCCAAGAUGAACUAAGAGGAAUAUCAAAUGCUACAGGCAUUGAAAUAGGGGAGAUAACCCUCUACAAUAUAUUUUAUGAGAUCUUUACGGUUUGUACAUCUGUGAUAGCUCAAAGUCCAACAGGAAAAUUGUAUCAUGCCAGAAACCUAGACUUUGGACUGUUUAUGGGAUGGGAUAUUAAGAACAGGACAUGGUAUAUAACAGAGAAGCUGCGACCUGCUAUUGUCAACCUGGUCUGGCAGAGAGCUGGUAAAACAGUGUUUAAAUCUGUCAACUAUGCUGGAUAUGUUGGUAUACUGACUGCCGUCUCACCUGGUCAGUUUACACUGUCAAUGAAUGAAAGAUUCAAUAUUGAUGGAGGAUAUAGAGGAAUCAUAGAUCUCAUCCUCACUGGUAAAGGAACAUGGAUGGGAUUCCUUACACGCAACACCAUGGAAACAGCACAGAGUUUUGAUGAAGCCAAGUAUAUGUUGACAUUUAAACAAAUGAUUGCCCCAGCUUACUUCAUAUUGGGCGGGAACAAGACAGGGCAGGCAUGUGUAAUUACCAGGAACAGGAAAGUAAAUGGUACAGAUAUCUGGCAGAUGUCACAGGCAGGUGGCUGGUAUAUACUGGAGACUAACUAUGAUCACUGGAAAGCACCAUUUUUUCUUGAUGAUAGAAGAACACCGGCUAAUAGAUGUAUGAGAAAUAUGACACAAAAUGGUGUUGGUAUAGCUGGACUGUUUAAUAUGCUGUCUUCAAAACCAGUUCUUAAUAAGUUGACUACAUACACUGCCCUGAUGCAGGUGAAUUCAGGACAUUUAGAGACAUGGUUACAGUAUUGUGAUGAUCCUUGUGUACCCUGGUAACCAUGGAAACUGUUUGUGU